AUGAGCGAGGAGUGUGCAAAUCCACUUCUCCUGGGGUGGAUCAAGGAGUGGCUGGACCAGGCCAGAGAACGAAACAGCAAAGGCGUGACCGUUUACAAAAAGGCAUAUGAUUCAAUGAAAGCCUGUCCGUUAGAGUUCCAACACCCAUCCCAAGCACAGCAAUUGAAUGGACUGGGACCUAAACUAUGUGACCGCUUGACUGAUAAAUUAAAGGCUCACUGUCAAGAACAUGGGCUCCCCAUGCCAGCACCGCCUGACAAAGGUGGCAAGAGAACCUCUGAAGGUGGUGCCGAUGAUCAACCGGCGAAGAAGGCUCGGAAAGCCAAGCCGUAUGUGCCAACCCUACGGUCUGGACCAUAUGCAUUGAUCCUGGGCUUGGGGACUCAAAGCGAGAAUGCAUCACAGGGGAUGACGAAGGCUGAAUUGAUAGAGGUGGCCCAGCCAUACAGCGACAGUUCGUUUACGGCACCCCCAGACCCGACAAAGUUCUACACUGCGUGGAAUUCCAUGAAAACUCUUAUCCAGAAAGACCUGGUAUACGAGCAUGGACGCCCACUGCGGAGGUAUCUUCUUUCCGAAGAAGGCUGGGAAGUAGCCAAGCGUCUCCAAAAGACAUUGCCGGGUGCUGCCCGAACCGACUCCCAAGCUACCGCAGCAGCCGAGUCCCAGCAAAGUGCGGCAGCAUUUGAUGCCGAUUUACUUCAAGAGGAAGAACCUCUCACGGAAAUUGUGGACAACCUAACGGAACAAGACAUAGCGAACAUUGAGCCCAUUUUCUUCCCACCCAAGAGCUUCACAAUCGAGCUCGUAUUAGACACCCGGGAAGUCCGCACCUCCACCGACCGAGACUACAUCUCCGGCGAAUUGAUGAAACAAGGAAUCACACCACAAGUCCGCGCGCUGGAAGUCGGGGAUGCAAUGUGGGUAGCGAAAUGCCGCGACCCAACUUUCCUCGCCAGACACGGCGAAGAGGGCGACGAAGUGAUGCUGGACUGGAUUGUCGAGCGCAAGCGUCUGGACGAUCUAGUCGGGUCUAUUAAAGACGGCCGCUUCCACGAACAAAAGUUCCGACUUCGUCGGUCCGGCAUCAAGAACGUCAUCUACCUCGUUGAAGAGUUCACAGUCGUCCAUGCAGACUCAAGUAGCGGGAAUGCAGCGACAUACCAGGAAAUGAUUGCGUCGGCCAUCGCCUCGACGCAGGUUGUCAAUCAACACUUUCUCAAGAAGACCAAACACCUCGACGAGUCAAUUCGGUACCUGGCGCGCAUGACUCUGCUCCUGCGGAAGAUGUUCGGUGUCGAGGAUUCGCCGUCGAAUGGCGACCCAGCCAGCGUUCCUAGCCGUAGCACGGUACCCCCAACUCCGGUAUCCAAGAUCGCCCUCAUCCCCGGCCGCCGCCUGUCCACCGAUUCCUACCUUACCAUCCUUGACAACCUCCGCUCUCGAGACCCGUCUGUUACAUACGGAGUGUCAUUCACUACUUUCUCCGCACUGACAUCAAAGUCUGACGUCCUUACACUUCGUGACGUUUAUUUGAAAAUGCUCAUGUGUACCCGCGGCGUGACAGGCGAGAAGGCCCUGCAGAUACAGGAGAUCUGGCCAACGCCGCGGCACUUGGUCGAGGCGUACAUGGGUCUGGAGCCUAAGGAGCGAGAUAUGAUGAUAGCAAAUCGGAUUUCGGAGGUUGUUGGACGGAAGAAAAUUGCAAAAGACCUUAGCAAGCGGAUUGCAGAAGUUUGGGGUGAGCCAAGCUGA